AUGGUCACCGCCUACGACUACCCCGCCGCCGUCCACCUCGACGCCGCCGGCAUCGACAUCUGCCUCGUUGGGGAGUCCACGGCCACGACACCACUCUCCCCAUCUCCCUCGACGAGAUGCUCGUUCACUGCCGUGCCGUUGCCCGCGGCGCUACCCGCCCUCUGCUCGUUGGGGAUCUCUCGUUUGGCUCCUACGAGGCCUCCUCGUCUCAGGCAGGCGGUACAGGUUAGGGUUUUGAAAGAAGGCGGAAUGGAUGCAAUUAAGCUGGAAGGAGGAGCUCCGUCAAGGAUUACAGCGGCCAAGGCUAUUGUUGAGGCAGGGAUUGCUGUAAUGGGGCAUGUUGGCCUUACUCCGCAGGCUAUUAGUGUCCUUGGGGGGUUUAGACCUCAAGGGAGAACAGUUGCUAGUGCUGUUAAGGUUGUGGAGACUGCAAUGGCAUUGCAAGAAGCUGGGUGCUUUUCGGUUGUGUUGGAGUGUGUGCCUGCUCCGGUAGCAGCUGCAACUACUAAGGCCCUUCAAAUUCCGACCAUUGGAAUUGGUGCUGGCCCUUUUUGCAGUGGGCAGGUGCUUGUUUACCAUGACUUGUUGGGAAUGCUGCAGCAUCCUCAUCAUGCCAAGGUCACACCCAAAUUCUGUAAGCAAUUUGGGCAUGUAGGUGAUGUCAUCAACAAGGCUCUCUCCGAGUACAAACAUGAAGUGGAAAGCAAAUCAUUUCCUGGACCAAAUCACACUCCAUACAGAAUUAGUGCGACUGAUGUUGAUGGUUUUAUGAAAGAGCUAGAGACGAUGGGUUUGAGUGAGGCAGCUUCUGCGGUGCUUCUGCCGCUGAAGAUUUUGCAAGAGACGGAGGCCAUCAGUAGGCGUUCUUUUUUCCCCAGUGUGAAUGUGCCUACGAGAAACUGUGCUUGGUUUGAUGUUUCUUCACGAAAUAAUUAUAAAAGAGCUUCUCUGAUAAAUAAUUUGCUUGUGCAUCAUAAUUGAGAAUUUUCUGCUCAACAUAUAAGUUGAGAAACAUUAACUUACUAAUUGGCGUACUGUUAUGUACUGAUAUGUACGUUGAAAAGUAACCUUCCCUUGCCUAGUAACUAUGUUGUGUGGGUACAUCUAACAUGAAGCCUACUGAUACUGAUACUUCUUGGACA